AUGGGUAUUUCCAGAAAUCACAGGCGGUUCGAGGUGCUCGUGCCACUCGUCACGCUCUGCCUGGUCAUCUGCGCGCUGCCGUCCGCGCGUAGUGAUGACGACGACGAGGGUGGUAGCGCCGUAACCGGCGCAUGCGAGGUGUCGUCGCUCGCCGGCUACAAAUACGCCGUCGACCUCAGCGGCAACGGCCUCUACCUUCACUGGGCUCCUAAAGGCACAACCGAAAUGGACUUCGCGAUCGAGGCGCGGCCUGGAAGCGGCGCGGAGUCCACGUGGGUAUCCGUUGGAUGGUCAUCUGGACGGAUGGCUCCCGCCGACGCGGUCAUGGGGAACCUUGCCGGAAACAAGGUCGCGGCGUACUCGAUACAAGGCUACGACAUGGGGUCCGUCGCGCCAACGACGGGGUUUGCGCUGGCGGGGACGGCGGUCGCGACCAGCAAUGGCGGCAGCACGGUCUCGAAGUUCACGCGCACCAUCGGCGACGGGGAUUUCCCCGUCGCGCCCGACGCGAACACGCUGAUCUGGGCGUUUUCCGGCAGCGGCUCGCAGGGGCUGGAUUACCACGGCGGGAACUUCGGCAUUGUGAACAUCGACUUCACCUGCGCUAGCGGCGCCGCGCCCGCGACGGGAGCACCAGACUCCAUCAGCGGCGGCGGCGGCAGCAGCAGCUCCGGUUCCAGCAGCAGCGGCGGAAGCGGCGGCGGCGGCGCUUCGUGCCCGGCUUCCUCGCUGACUGGAUUCGACUAUCAGGCGGAACUUACCCCAGGUCUGCUCCUCCACUGGAAGCAAGCGUCCGCCACGUCGCUCGACAUGGCGCUCGAGGCCACCGCAUCCGGCGGCGCCGCGGGCUCGUGGGUCUCCGUCGCGUGGACGGGCGACGGCCGCAUGGUCCCGUCGGACGCGGUCAUCGGGAACCUUCCGGGCGGCGCGGCCGGCGCGUACGCGAUCUCUGGAUACGAUGUGGCAUCCGUCGUGAAGACGACGACGUUUUCCGUCGGCGCGGCGGCGACGGAGACGUCGAGCGGCGGAAGCGCGAUCGUGAAGUUUACGCGGACGGAGGGGGAGGGUACGAUCCCGAUGUCGCUUUCCGCGCCGAACGCGCUGAUCUGGGCGUAUUCCGGGAGCGGAUCGCAGUCGUUGGAUUACCACGGCAGUAACUUCGGUUCAAAGACUGUGAGCUUCAACUGUGGUGGCAGCAGCACUCCCACCACUCCCACCACUCCCUCCACUCCUCCCACUACCGCCACUCCUUCGCCCGCAGUCCCCGCGCCCUCUCCCCCCGCCACCACCCCCGCUCCGCCCACCACCUCCCCCUCCGCACCUGGCGCCAGUGGCAGCAACAGCAGCGUCCCUGCAUGCACGCCUUCUAGUCUGGAUGGCUACACGUGCUCCGAGAAACUCAGCGGAAAUGACUUCGUCCUGCACUGGAAGACCAACGUUGACUCCAUUGACCUCGCCUGCGAGGUGGCAACCACCGGGUGGGUCUCCCUGGGGUGGAGCGCAGAUGGCAAAAUGUACCCCGCUGACGCAGUCAUUGGCAACCUUGCCUCCUCCACCACCAAGCGCGCCGCUGCCACCGGCAGUACGGGCGGCGCUACAGUCGCCAGCUACAGCAUUGCCGGCUACAGCGAGUCUGACGUCACCCCGGCAGCAGCCAUCCCGCUGACCGCUUCAGCUGUCGAGACGUCGUCCAAUGGGAAGACGGUGAUUAAGUUCUCGCGAGUUCUCAAGGGCGGGAAAUUCCCGAUCGACACGAGUGUGGCGACGAACCUUAUCUGGGCGUUUUCGGCUGAUGGGUCCAAGAAACUGGCCAAUCACGGAGGCAACCGCGGUUCUGCGGUUGUUAGCCUCGCAGCUGGAGCUGCUACCUCAGGCUCGGGAUCCGGUUCAGGAUCAGGCUCGGGAUCAGGCUCGGCAUCAGGCUCGGGAUCAGGCUCGCCAGCCCCACCUACCACGCCUCCGACAACAACUCCUCCUACUAACUCGUCCUCCGGCAGUGGCAGCAACAGCAGCAGCAGCAACAACAGCACCGGAAGCAGCAGCAGCUGCACGCCUUCCAGCAUCGCUGGUUACGCCUGCUCUGCGCAGCUCAAUGGGAGCAACUUCGUUCUGCACUGGAACGCCACUGGAGAGAACAUCGCCUUCGCCUGCGAGGUGGCAACCACCGGGUGGGUCUCACUCGGUUGGAGCGCAAGCGGCAAGAUGUACCCCGCUGAUGCCGUCAUCGGCAACCUCCCUGCCUCCUCCACCGCAAAUUCGGGUGGCGCUGCAGUCGCCAGCUACAGCAUUGCCGGCUACAGCGAGUCUGACGUGACCCCGGUGGCAGCGACGGGCAUCGCGCUGGCCGCUACAGCCGUGGACUCCUCGGCCAAUGGGAAGACGGUGGUGAAAUUCACGCGCGCCAUGGCCAAGGGGAAGUUCCCAAUCAGUGCGACCGGGCCGACCAAGGUCAUCUGGGCGUACUCGGCUGAUGGCUCCAAGCCUCUGGCCAAUCACGGCCCCAACCGCGGCUCUGCCACCAUCAAUUUCGUCUCCGGAGCCACGGAUACAGGCUCGACCUCAGGCUCGGUAUCCAGCUCGGGUUCAGGCUCGGAUGCAACCGGGGCAGUCGACCCGGGCCAGGAUACUUCCAAGGCCAGCAACAGCACCAGUGCCAGCAGCAGCGGUGGCAGCAAUUGCACGCCUUCGACCAUUGCUGGUUACACGUGCUCGGCUCAGCUCAGUGGUGACAAGUACAUCCUCCACUGGAAGGCCAACACAUCGACUAUCAGUUUCGCUGCUGAGGUGUCGACCUCUGGUUGGGUGUCACUCGGGUGGAACAGCAACGGCAAAAUGCAGCCGGCCGACGCAGCCAUUGGCAACCAGCCAGCUGGCAGCAACAGCGCGGCUGUCGGCCCGUACAGCAUCACAGGAUACGGCGCGUCAGACAUCUCUGCCACGUCAGCAUUCGCCCUGUCAGGCACCACAGUGGAGUCGGCAGCCAAUGGGAAGACGGUUGUGAAAUUCACGCGGCCGAUGGCGGGAGGAUCGUACCCGAUCAACACGAACGGGCCUACCACGGUCAUCUGGGCUUACUCUGCUGAUGGCUCUCAAACUCUCGCCAACCAUGGUCCCAACUGCGGAUCAGCUCAAAUCGACUUCAUCUCCGGAUCGGCCGUCUCUACCUCCUCUUCCUCAUCCUCCGUGGCCUUUAUCAUCCACGGGUGGCUGCUCGGCAUCGCGUUCGGCAUCCUCAUGCCCGCUGCUAUUCUCAUCUCGCGAAUCUUCCUCGCCGAUAAGCUCCAAGAGAAGCCGCCCGGCGUGGACCACAUCCAAUGGGAGGAGCAGGUUGCGCGUGCGAAGUCCUGGAAGCCGAUGGCGUUCGAAACACACAAGUGGAUGCAGAUUGUCGCGGUUGUGCUCGCUGUGGUUGGGUGCAUCAUCGGAAUGGUCGUAUCCGGCUCGGUGGGUCUCAAGGGAACGCACGGCCAGCUCGGAAUCGCAAUCUUCGUGAUGAUUUUCAUCCAGCCUGUGAUUGGUCACUUCCGGCCGAACAAGGGUACAGUGAAUCGGCCGACGUGGUUCAUCAUCCACUGGGUGUUCGGCCUGGUUAUUGUUGGACUCGCCUGGGUGAACACUUUCCUUGGGUUCGACGCGAUGGCGGAGAAAUUCGCCUCCGACAUGCAAGUGUACUUCAUCAUUUUCGCGAUUGCGAUCGGGCUGUUUGCGGCGAUCUACGUGGUGAUCUUCGUGGUGGAUCAGGUGGCGUUCAUUAUUGCGAAGUUGAGACCUGCUGCGGAUGAAGGACGGGAAAAGCUACCGUUCGAGGUGUAA